AUGCCCCCUCCGCAUGCCCCCUCCCCAACACUCCAAAACGCGGGCCUGUUGGAACGGCGCCGGCCAACUCUGGCUUGCGAAUGGCUUGCGCGUGGCCCCACUGUCAAAUUCUCCAACACGCUCACCAGCUCAGCGCACGCGCCCCCUCCGCCCGGCCGCACGACCCUGUCUGCAGGGGCGGAGGGUCGCCUCGGCGCGUGGACGCAUGGCUUCUGCCGAAGCCCAGACGGGAAGAAGGUCGUCAACGCUUCGAGACCGCCUGCAAGGGAGCGUUCCAAGACACCGCGGCGGGCGUUGUCAGUGAACUGUCAGGAAUCCUGUCAGGAGUCCAAGAGGAAGAGGUGGAGAGUCUUUGUGAAGCUCUGA